UAGAUCAAUCUUAUUUUUACAAAAAUUCAAUGUCCACUUCGCCCAAGAAAAGAAAAGUCGACGAUUUAGAUCUAGAACUUGAUUUGGAUAGUUAUGUUCCUUAUGUUCCAAUCAAGCAAAGAAGAGAAGCAAAGUUUCAAAAACUCGCUAGUCAAAGAAACAUCCCUGAACCGCAAAAAGAAAAUGAGGUUGAUGACGAAGUUGAAGAAUUGGUCAGAGCUGGACCAAAGGCUAAUGUCAGCUUGAUCGAUCAGGCAGUGGAAGCUAAAAAACAAAAAUUAAUAGAAGAUUCUUCCAAAACCGACGUUGAAAAGAAACUUGAAGAAGAAAAGGCAAUUAUGGAAGCUGUCGCUCAACGAAGGCUUUUGGCAUCAGUUCAAGAACUUGCAAAAGGAAUUAUUUAUACGGAACCAAUGAAGACUACCUGGCGACCGCCUCGUCAAAUUCGUGAGAGAGCUCAGGCUGAUCAUGAUGCAAUUCGACAGAGAUAUCAUAUCCUUGUAGAAGGUGAAGAUAUCCCACCACCAAUUAAACACUUUAGGGAUAUGAAAUUUCCAUCUUGUAUUUUGAAAUACUUAAAAUCUAAAGGAAUUCAUCGGCCAACACCUAUUCAAGUUCAAGGUCUUCCCGUUGUAUUGACUGGAAGAGACAUGAUUGGAAUUGCAUUUACAGGGUCUGGAAAAACCUUGGCCUUUUCAUUGCCGUUAGUUAUGUUUGCAUUAGAAGAAGAAUGUAAACUUCCAUUAAUUAGGGGUGAGGGUCCAAUUGGAAUGAUUAUUUGUCCAUCGCGUGAAUUAGCAAGACAAACUUAUGAAAGCAUUAGCUCAAUGAUGGAUUUUUUAGUUAGAGAUGGCUACCCAAAAUUACGACAUUUAUUAUGUAUCGGUGGCAUAUCUAUGUCUGAUCAACAGAAUAUCUUAUCAGAAGGAAUACAUAUUGUGGUUGCAACUCCCGGAAGAUUAAUGGACAUGCUGGAAAAAAAAAAAUUUAAUUUAGAUUUAUGCAAAUAUUUGUGUCUGGACGAGGCUGAUAGGAUGAUUGAUAUGGGUUUUGAGGAUGAUGUCAGAAAUAUUAUGUCUUACUUUACGAGUCAGCGUCAAACGUUAUUAUAUUCGGCUACUAUGCCAAAGAAAAUUCAAGAUUUUGCAAGAUCCGCAUUAGUAAAACCUGUGAUCGUCAAUGUUGGUCGAGCAGGUGCUGCUAAUUUGGACGUAAUUCAGGAAGUAGAAUAUGUAAAACAGGAAGCGAAAAUUGUAUAUCUUCUGGAAUGUUUACAGAAGACACCACCACCUGUACUUAUUUUUGCAGAAAAUAAAAAUGAUGUGGAUGAUAUUCACGAAUACCUUUUAGUGAAAGGAGUUGAAGCAGUAGCUAUUCACGGAGGCAAAAGUCAAGAGGAACGAGAAUUUGCAAUAAGAGCAUUCAAAGAAUAUAAAAAAGAUGUUUUAGUUGCUUCUGAUGUUGCUUCUAAGGGUUUAGAUUUUCCGGAUAUCCAACACGUAAUCAAUUAUGAUAUGCCGAAGGAAAUUGAAAAUUAUGUACAUAGAAUUGGUCGUACUGGUCGUUCAGGAAAGACAGGGGUGGCCACAACAUUUAUUAAUAUGAACUGUUCAGAACAGAUUUUGCUAGAUUUAAAACAUUUGCUUCGAGAAGCAAAACAACGAGUUCCACCCGUACUAGAAGCCUUAGAAGAUCCUACAGAAAAAUUCAAAGACUUAUCAGGAGGUUGUAUGUUUUGUGGCGGCCUGGGACAUCGUAUAUCCGAAUGUCCAAAAUUGGAUGCUCAAAGACGACAGCAACUUGGUAAUAUUAGUCGUGGUGGUGGUGGGGCAGAGAGAGGUGGUGGCGAAUAUUAGUUAAUCUGUCUACCCUCUAAUUUGGGUCAUCUAAAUGAAAACUUUAAAGAUACUAAUUGAGUAAUUUAAGAUGCCCCUUGUAUCAUAAUCCUUUAAUUUCUUAAUACGGCAAAAAAGUAUAAGAAAACAAUAUUACUUUUUAUAAGAUUAUCUAUAGGGUUAGGUUAGAUCAAACCAUUAUGUAAUACAUUAUUCUAACUCUGUGUUUGUUUGUAAUGAAAGUAAUUAAAAUUGAUGACUAGAUAUGGCAAUUGAUUUUCAAUCCAUAAAUAUUUUUGUAACUAUUUAUAGCUACAAUUAAGAAUAUCUAAUACA